GGUGUAGUGGAGUGAGGAAAUGCCUCAUUGUGUUGCAUUGUUGCAGUUUAAGAGUGCUAAAAUCAGUCUUUUGGUCCUGUAGCUGCGGAAACACACACAGCUUACCUUGCACUGAUGGUAAGGACAGGAAGGAAAUGGGGAGAGACAGAAGAGAAAGCGACAGAGAGAGAGAGCAAGAGAGAGAACGGAGGGGAAACAGCAGAUGAGGGUCACUGGGGUUUUCCACUGUGUAGGGUUAGAAGAGGCAUGAGAAGUAGGUAAAGGAGGGGAAAACAUACAGUAUAUGUAGUCACAGAGACUAUCACACAAAGCAGAGGAGUGAAAGAGCACUGAGUGAAGAGAUUACACCUUGAGUGGUGCUCUUUGAGAUACGAUAACUUAAACAGCUGCCAUUUUAAAAGUUAGGAUCCGGUUUAGAGAAAGAGAGCACGGGAAGACGACUGACGUAGUCCUAAACUGAGAAGCUUUACACUCAGGUGAAAGGAGGACUGUUAUCGAAUGGGCUAAGAUGGGUUGCCAAAAGGAUAUGUUCACUAAAAAUGGCAGAUGCUGUGAUCACUGCCCUGCAGGAAAAUAUGUGGUAGAGGAUUGUACCGCCACACAGAAGACCAAGUGUGAUGACUGUAGACAUGGACACUUCACAGAUGAGAAAAAUUACAUUUUUAAUUGCAGGAUAUGCAAGGAAUGCAGUCGUGACACCAACAAGGUGAAAGUGAAGGAUUGUACAGCUACGGAAGACACAGUGUGUGGGUGUUUUUCGGGCUAUUACUGUAGCUCUGAUGACUGUGAUCACUGCCUGCCUGUUAAGCACUGCGAUCAAGGCUCAGGGGUCGAAGUUAAAGCCACUGGCAGAAAUGAUACACGCUGUGCUCCGUGUGGAAAGGGGCACUACAGCAACGUAACAGAUUCCAGCUCCCCCUGUCAAGCACACACCAGAUGUGAGGACUUUGGGAGAGAGUUGAAAACUCCUGGCACUUCAACAACCAAUGCCAUCUGUGGUGACUUCAAAACCUAUUGUCCCUGGAUUAUACCUACAGGUCUGUGGUCAGGCUUCUUGCUGACCGUACUCAUCGUGUUUUGUCUCAUCUGCUUGCGGGCAAAACGCAGAUCCUUCAGAGCAGUGAAAUCCAGUCCCAGCGUUCGUGUUACUCUGUUGGAUAUGGUCUCAGCAGCCUCUACUGGUCCACUGGAGCUGCCUUUAAAGUCCACGGAGCUGAACGAUAACUGCCAAGAGAGCUAUGCAGUGAAGGACUGCAAGUUAUCACUUUUUAACCCAGAUGAUAAUGAGAUCUGCUGCAGCACACAAAACAGCAUGGACAGCAGCUUUCCCAUAACGCCGCUGAAGGCAUCAGUUUCAUUCGUUGAGUCGAAUCAGACCAAUGGAAGUCCCGGACACUGCACUGGCUUCUUCAGGACACACUCAGAGCCACAGGAGGACGAGUGGUGUGGGACAUAACAUGAGUGCAUUUUGUCAUAGCAAUAUAUUUAUGAGGCUCAGUGACCCCCGCCCCCACACGUUAUUUUACUUGUGGCGGCACUGAUGGUAGCUGAUGAUUUACUGCCUCCUGCAGGACAUUUAUGAGAAAUUCAGCUCAAGUGAUGUGACGUUACUGUGUUAAUUGUGUUCACAUUUAAGUUACCAGGUUAUUGCUGGCAAUAUUAAUAUUUACAGAUAUCUUAAGUGCUAAAACAAAACACCAGUGCAGCUCUUUACUUAAGUUAUUCUUUUGGAUGUAAAUUAGUCUUCAGAGCCUCAGUGAAGGCAAUACUGUGGUCUUCAGCCACAGCUCAGCGGUGUCUCUAUUAAAGAGAAGUCUUGUGAUAUUUUAUAUUUUUCUUACUGUCAUAAAUCCCAAAUCAAUAAAUUAUCUGUGUAUCCAAACCCUGAUGCGUAUUCCUCUGUGCCAUAGAGCUCCACUGUUGCUCAAACACUAUUAAAAACACAUCAGUUACCUGACGCUGUUUCACUAGGUUGUAUCUUAUAUUUUCGUAUGUUGUAAUUGUGUGUUAAUCCGCAGAAGAAAAUAGUCCACAACAAUUUUUUUCACUUAUUCUUGUUUUAGUAACAUUUGCUAAAAACUACAAUGCCCAACUGUUUCAUGAUGUCACUGAGCCUUUUUUUGGCCAUGCUAUUCAUGUUUAUGACCUGUGCAUCAUCAGGAAGAACCAACAGUUGGGCUGCUGGUUUGGUUUUUUCAUGGGAUUUGUCGACAGUAAGAAAAGUACAAAGUACAAAUAGUACAAAUCAUUAAAAUGCCAUUAAACUGUGUUUUCUUAUACUUUAAAUGUUAUCUAAUUUAAUAUUUUGUUAUUUUAGUUUAAUUUAUAUUGUUUAAACUCAAGCCAAAGAUUAUUUUCAUUAUUUUUAUUAUUCUGCUGAUUCUCUCCUCGAUUCGUCGAUCAACCGAUGGGUCAAUAAAACAUCAAAAAAUUGUGAAAAUUGUCCAUCACAAAUUCCUACAGCCCAACAUCAUGUCAUCAAGUGUCUUGUUCUGUCCAGUCAACUCAAAGGUAGUCAGUUCAUUAACAUGUAGGACAUGAUAGUACAUUUUAUUUGACAGUAACAUGAGAGAAACUGAAAUCAUGAAAUUUUGGGGCAUUUCUGUUUGAAAGUUGACUAAAAACGAUUAGUUAUCAAAAUAGUUGCAUUCAUUUUACUGUCAAUCAACUAAAUACUAAUUGUUGCAGCUUCAUUUUGGAUGAGAAAAACAACUAGAUCUCCUUUUAGGUGAAAAUUCCGACCACUGAAUUUCUGUAUUUAUAUCAGCUAUCAUCUGUAACAGAUCAUGGUCACAUUUGGUGACAUAACAUAGACUUAAGUUAAUUUCCUGGACUUAUCCUAACCCUGACCAUUACCACUGACACAAAAAUCAAUUGUCCAGCAAUUGUCCCCAUUUGGGCAAGCCAUCCCCAAUUAAUUGGCUGAAAGUUAGACAUUGUCCCCAGAAAUAGCCAAUGACAGACCACACACACAGGCUGCAAACAUGUUAAAACUUGGAUGAUGAUGUGAAGUAAUAAUGAUGCAGCAGUGAAGCCCAACAGAUGUAUGAUUUGUUUAUAUCAUGUAGAAGAUAGAUAGUGCAAUAUGAGAAAGUAUGUAGGGAAUGUUUACACAAGUUGUUCUGCUGUGCUGCUCUCAGUUUGUCACCAUUAGUACCAUUAGACAGAUACAAGAGCAUGUACAAAUACAGUAUGUUCACAGACAUUCAGUCCUAUUGUAAUAUUUAAAAGUGUUUGUUGAUUAUAAUUUUU